UUAGAAAUCGGGAAAUUAGGGAGAAUCUCACAUCACGGAUACUUAAGCCUCAGCGAAAACCAUAAAUUAUGCUGCUGACGGCGAGGAACCUGCUUGGCAAUGCGCCAAAGGGAUUUUUUUUUUCCCCCUUGAGACUGUUGUUCAGGCUGGAGUGGGGUGGCGCGAUCUCGGAUCUCUGCGACCUUCUACUCCCAGGUUCAAGCAGUUCUCGGCCUCAGCCUCCCAAGUAGCUGGGAUUACCGGCGUCUGCCCCCAUUCCCGGCUAAUUUUUGUAUUUUUAGUAUAGACGAGGUUUCAACCAUCUUGGCCAGGCUGCUCUUGAAUUCCUGACCUCGUGAUCCACCCACCUCAGUCUCUCGAAGUGCUGGGAUUGCAGGCAUGAGCCACGGCACGCCCAGCCUCGCCGAGGGUAUUUUAUCCACUUAACCAACAUGUCAGAGUAUUUCAGAAUAGGUUUUAUUAACAGGUGCUUAAUGAGUGUGUGGUGACGUAAAUGGAUUUUAUUUGGGGUUCUAUUAGUACAAGUGGUAACUUUUUGCUAUUUUAAUUGUUAAUUAUCUAAAAAUAUGUGGUAUUACAUAUUUUUAAAUAAUUAAAAUAUAAAAGAAUAGAAGGGCUAGAUCUCAACCAUUUAUAGAAGUCCCGUUUUUUCCCCAUUUCUUUUAUAUACCUAUUUUAACUGUCAGUGAAAAAAUAUGUAUUGAGCUUAUUUAGUGGCCAGACUUUUAGCAAACUGGAAGUAGCCAAGGCAGACAUAGCUCCUGUCUUCAUGGAGUUUGCAGUCCAAACAGAGGAUAACCAUUGAGCUAAUUAUCACUAUCUAAAGUUACCAAGUACAUUUAUUAUUCACUUGUACAUGUAUCCCUCUCCCUAGAAUAUAAGGUUGCAGAUGGCAGGGGUCUUGCAUGUUUUGUUUCACCCUGUAUCCCUGCAUAUAAAAGGCUCUCAAUAUUUGACCAAGUAAACGAUUCUAGCAUCAAAACCAUUAAGAUGGAAAAUCGCCGGCUGCUCUGGAAACACUUGCCUUUUGCCUGGUAUCAGAGAACGUUUUUCUGAAGAAGUGACAUUUAAGAUGAGACUUGAAACCACUGGGCAAAGAAUGAUAUAGGCGGAGGAAGCAAUGUGAAAAGGCUCCGAAGCUGAGACAUUCUAAAAAUCUCUGAAAGCUAGUAUGUCUGGCCCUCAGACAACUGAGGCAGGAUGUGAAAGCAGAGGACAGAUGCCAUAGAACAGAAGAGGGAAUGGAAAGUCCCAUUGGAAGCCCCAGGAGGAUUUCAAGUGGGUUUAAAGGAAAAGCAUUAUGUUUUGGAAGUCAAUUUAAAUUAUCCACAAUCAGGUCAGGAACAGUGGCUCAUGCCUAUAAUCCCAGCACUUUGGGAGGCCAAGGCAGGAGGACUGUUUGAGCUCAGGAGCUGGAGACCAACCUGGGCAACACGGUGAAACCUUGUCUCUACCAAAAAUACAAAGAACUAGCUGGAUGUGGUGGUGCACACCUGUAGUCCCAGCUACUCAGGAGGCUGAGGUGGCUGAGUUGGGAGGAUCAUGUAAGUCUGGGAAGUGGAGGUUGCAGUGAACGGAGAUCUCGCCACUGCACUCUAGCAUGGGUGACAGAGUGAGACUUGUCUCAAAAAAAAAAAAAAAUAAUCCAUAAUCAGGGUUUCUAAGACUUCAUUCUUGAAAAACUAAGCUGCCUUUUUUAUGAGAUAGUGAUUUAACAAAUAUUUGAGUCCCAGUUGUAUACUGAGUUAGGCACUAAAACAGAUUCUGAAGUGAAUGAAAUGAAAUAAAGUUCUGCUUAUAAGAAAUGUGAUUAUUCAUUCUUUUUUUUUUUUUUUUUUUUUGAGACGGAGUUUCGCUCUUGUUACCCAGGCUAGAGUGCAAUGGUGCGAUCUCGGCUCACCGCAACCUCUGCCCCCUGGGUUCAGGCAAUUCUCCUGCCUCAGCCUCCUGAGUAGCUGGGAUUACAGGCACACGCCACCGUGCCCAGCUAAUUUUUUGUAGUUUUUAGUAGAGACGGGGUUUCACCAUAUUGACCAGGAUGGUCUCGAUCUGCCGACCUCGUGAUCCACCCGCCUCGGCCUCCCAAAGUGCUGGGACUACGGGCUUGAACCACCGCACCCGGCCGAUUAUUCAUUCUUUAAUUCAGCAACAUUUGCUAGCCGUGUGACCUUGAGGCAAGUUACUCAGUAUUUCUUUUUUUUUUUUUUGAGAGGGUCUCGCUCUGCCACCCAGGCUGAAAUGCAGUGACACAAUCACAGCUCACUGCAGUCUCGACCUCCCGGAUUCAAUUGAUCCUCCCACCUCAGCCUCUGGAGUAGCUGGGACUGUAGGUGUGUGCCACCAUGCCCACAUAAUUUUUGUAUUUUUUGGUAAAGAUGGUGUUUCACCACAUUGUCCAGGCUGAUCUCAAACUCUUGGACUCCAACGAUCCGCCCACCUUGGCAUCCCAAAAUGUUGGGAUUACAGGUGUGAGCCACCCUGCACGGCCUACUCAGCUUUCUAUAACUUGACCUGUUUCCUCAUCUGUAAAAUGGAGCCUUGCUCUGUCGCCCAGCCUGGAGUGCAGUGGCAUGAUCUCGGCUCACUGCAACCUCUGCCUCCCAGGUUCAAGAGAUUCUCCUGCGUCAGCCUCCCAAGUAGCUGGGAUUACAGGUGCCUGCCACCACGCAUGGCUAAAUUUUGUGUUUUUUAGUAGAGACAGGGUUUCACUCUUUUAACCAGGCCGGUCUUGAACUCCUGACCUCAGAUGAUCCACCUGCCUCGGCCUCCCAAAGUGCUGGGGUUACAGGUGUGAGCUACCGUGCCCAGCCUAAAACACACAUAUCUGAAGAGAUGACCCUCAUAUUAAUUUGCAAUAGAAAAAGAAAUCAGGAGCACUCAUCCCAGAUGCAGGGAGGUUGGAGGCAGAAAGCAGGAAGGAGACUUCUGAACAAGCAGUGACUCUAUUACUGAGGAAAACCAAAGGAGACCUGUGUAGAUAGGUCCCAAUUAGACACCAGCUACUGGAAGAGCUUCCUCAGAGACUGAUUAAAAUAUCCUCCACUAGAUAUGGCUGCAAAUUGCACACCCUCAUGGGGUCAGCGAGAACCCUGCAACAGCCCUGGGUCAGAGCUGCCACGGUCUGUUGCAUCUGAGGAAACUCAACUUGGAAAUCAAGACCAAGACCCUGAGACGUGUCAUGUGAACUUCAGGAUGUUCAGCUGCCCGGAAGAGUUGGACCCCAUCCAGGCUUUGAGGAGACUCACUGAGCUGUGCCAUCUGUGGCUGAGGCCUGACCUCCACACCAAAGAGCAGAUCCUGGACAUGCUGGUGAUGGAGCAGUUCAUGAUCUCCAUGCCCCAGGAGCUCCAGGUCUUAGUCAUGAUGAACAGUGUACAGAGCUGCAAAGACCUGGAGGACCUGCUACGAAAUAACAGAAAACCCAAGAAAUGGUCUGUGGUCAACUUCCUUGGCAAGGAGUAUCUUACGCAGGACUCAGAUGUUGAGAUGCCCAAAGCCCCCGCCAGUGUUAGGGAUGAUCUGAGAGACGUGUCCAGCCAGCCGGCCUCCUCUGUGAAUGAGAUGUCUCCAGGUGAAGGCCAGGCCAGCCAAGAGCUACAGACCUUUCCCAGGAUCCCUGCACUGUCCAGGGGGCAGGAAGAGGACUUCCUGCUGCCAGAGACUAUUGUCAUAAAAGGUGACCCAAAGGCUCUGAGACCCACGCUGACCUUGGAGAAGGAUCUGAAUGUAGACAGGGAAGAGAACACAGGACUUACAUCUUCAGAGCCUCAGCUUCCGAAGGGUCCCACAGGUGUGGUGAGAGCAAAGGAGGGGAAGGAACCAAAAAAAGCCUCUGUGGAAAAUAUGGAUGCUGACAUACCUGCUGCCUGCAUUGUGGAGAGAGAAGCUUCAACUCACAGUGAGAGCAGAGGAGACUCUCUGAAUCUGAGAGGUCCCAAAAGAAGCAAACCAGAUGCUUCCUUCAUUUCCCAAGAAGGGCCUCAAGGAGGAGCCUCACUUGUGGGCAACACAGACAGCCUGGGACAAGCUAGGAUAAAUCCAGUUCGUUCCCGAGGCCCUGCAGGUGCAGUCAGUCAGCCUGUUGGCCAAGAAGCCAUGGCACUCCCACCCCUUGCAUGUGAUGUGUGCAGUAAAAGGUUUAAGUAUUACGGCAAGCUAGUCAUCCACAAGAGAUCACACACAGGAGAGAGACGCUUUCAGUGUAAUCUCUGUGGGAAGCACUUCAUGCAGCUCUCAGACCUCCGAGUUCACCAGCGAAUCCACACUGGUGAGAAGCCCUACAUGUGUGACGUCUGCUACAAGCGGUUCACCAGGAUGUUCUCCUUGAAAUGUCACAAGAGGAGCCACACAGGGGAGAAGCCCUAUGAAUGUAAAGACUGCAAUAAAGUUUUCACCUACAGGAAGAACCUGAACCAGCACAAGCGCAUCCACUCUGGAGAGAAACCCUAUAAAUGUUCCAAGUGUCCAAGAGCCUUUGGUCGACCUGAAACGUUAAAACGCCACCAGAAAACACAUCCAGAAACUACUUCCCAGGGGUUCCAUAAUCAGGUCUAUGUAUUCUGCACCAAGAGAAUGUGAAUGAUGAUUUUUCACUGAUGUUAUUAGAUGACAUAUGGCGCAUGAAGGGCGCCUGGCACUCAGAGGGAGUGCCCUAGAUAGAAACUGCCAGGAGUCUGAGUCAAUAUUGAUUCUCCCCACUGACUUUUGUUUUCUGUUUCAUGAUGUCUAUUGUUUUUGUAUAGGUUUGUUUCAGUUUGUGUUGCUGUUCUUUCAAUAAACAAACAUCUUACUAGUUUUCAGUAUUUUAUAACAAAAAAGACUGAGGCUUCUGAUUGACCUGCUGUUACCCGCAGUUUUGUUCUAAAGUAAAAUUGUCAAAGUAGGGGGUCCAGAUUAAAUAUGCAAUGCCUGGGGAAAUUUUUGUUUCAAAUAAACAAUUUUUUUAGUUAAAAAAAAAGAAAUCAGUUAAUGGAGUUUACCUAAUUCAUUGAACGAAUUCGACAGCUUAAAGUAUACUAGUCAAGCAAAAUCUCUGUGGAAUUCAUAUUUACAUAUUAAAACAUUCCUGACUUAGGGGGAACAAAAUAGCUUGGCUUUAUAGCUUCAGGGAAAUACUGUUAAGUAAAUUUAGGGGACUUCCAGUGGUAGAGUAAAAAGGGGAAAACCAUAGAAUUAUCAUGCUUUUCUGAUCAUUGGGGCUCAAACAAACUUGGGACAUAAGCUGCAUAAUUCUGUCCCAAAGACUGGUUCCUCCUAAGUGACUUUCUGAGGGUCCAGGUCUUCCUGGACCUUGAAAAUAAAGGGUAGAGUUUUCACCCCUGAAUCAGAAGUCGGAUUUUAAGGGGGCGAGGGAGGUAUAAGUCAGCCAAGGACACAGAGUUCAUCAGAACCAAGCUUUCCCAGGACAUGAAUCAUAUUUAUUUUAGGCAUAAAACUCUAGAUCCAAAUCAGGGAAAAUUUCUUUCUUACCUUAUAAAGAAUGCCACUCUCUGCCAGAAUGUUAGGAAGCUAGUGAGUAGACCCAGUCCUGAGACUCUGUGGUCUAUUUGCAGAGUUCUCCUUAACCUGCUGUCAACGGCUUGCCUGGCCCUAUGCUAAACACAGCUUCUCUGUCCUGCUGUUGUGUGUAAAGGUAAAUGCACGUCUGGGGUGUAGGCUGCAUUCUCCAGUGAGUUUGUUCACCUCUCCAGGUAAGUCAGUAUGUCCCAAGAGAAUCCCUGGGACAUGGAAGGCAUAUCGUGCCAAGUAAAUGCAGCCCUGCUUUAGGCCUGCCUCAGAACCUGCCAGUAGAUAAUACCAUAGCACUUUGCUUCCUGAAAACGUUCCUGCAUGGAUUUUAAAGCUGUAACACGACCUUAUUAAUUUUAGUUGCAAACUUGAGCACAUACAGAUGGUCUAUUUAAACCAUAAUAAACCUGUGCUAUACUGUGGGGUUGCGUUCAUUUGUGCAGUUUACCAUACUACUGUAAAGUUAAAUUCCAGGCUAUCAAACAAAAAUUUCCAAAUAUGAGUUCCUUUUUAUUUUUUUAAGGCAAUGUCUUGCUGUGUCACCCAGGAUGGAAUGAAGUGGUACAAUCGUAGCUCACUGCAGCCUGAACCUCCCAGGUUCAGUCUAUCCUCCCACCUCAGCCUCCUGAGUAGAUGGGACUGCAGGUGCACACCGCUGUCAGGCAUUCAGACUAGAGCGACCCUCUCUUGAGUAAGGGCUAGGAAAAUGAGGCUGGGACUUGCUGGGCUGCAUACCCAGAAAGUUAGGUAUUCAUAGCCUCUAGAUGUUUACAGUUAAGGAAACAGUUGAUAAUGUUUACUAAACAGACCUAGACUUGGGAGUGACCUCAUAUCCCCAUAUCUUGAGAACAGUAUCUUUUUUUUUUUCUUUUUUUCUUUUUUUGCAUUUUUAGUAGAGAUGUAGUUUCACCAUGUUUCCCAGACAGGUCUCAAACUCCUGAGCUCAAGAAGUGAUCCUCCACCUCAGCCUACCAAAGUGCUGAAAAUACAAGCAUGAGCCACUGAGCCCGGCCAGCUUACCUGUUUUUUUUUUUAAUGCUAUGAAAUUAUUUGUACAUUGUAGGCAUUCAUAAGUAUUGAAUUAAUUAAUUAAUACUUAAAAGUUAAUCCGAUUGAAGUUGCUUGUAUUCGAAGAAUCAUAAACAAUUCAAGUAUGUGCAACAUAAUCCAUUUUGUUUCAAAAAAUUAUUUGUGCUUGUAAAAAAGGCUGGAAUCCCUGCACUUUGGGAGGCCAAGGCUGGUGGAUUACCUGAGAUCAGGAGUUCAAAACCAGGCUGGCCAACGUGGUGAAACCCCGUCUCUACUAAAAAUAUGAAAAAUUAGCCAGAUGUGGUGGCACACACCUGUAAUUCCAGCUACUUGGGAGGCUGAGGCAGGAGAAUUGUUUGAACCUGGAAGGCAGAGGUUGCAGUGAGCCAAGAUUGUGCCAUUGCACUCCAGCCUGGGCAACAGAGUGACACUCUGUCUCAAAAAACAAACAAACAAAUGGCAACAAAAAAGGCUGGAAGUAUAUUAAAAACAAAAAACAUUAGAAGUCAUUAUCACUGGAGAGUGGUGUUACUGGUGAUUUGAAUUUUCUUUGUCAGAGAAGUUAAAUUGUUUCUCUUUGCAGAUUAAAUGAUUUUAUAUUGAAAAAAACCUGAAAACUCCACCAAAAAACUGUUAAAUAAACAAAUUCAGUAAAAUUGCAGGAUACAAAAUCAACAAAGAAAAGUUGGUAGCACUUCUGUACACCAAUAGCAAACUGUCUGAAAAACAAGAAAGUAAUCCCAUACAAAAUAGCUACAAAAAAAUGUAACACUUAAGAAUAAAUAAAUUUGACCAAGAAGGUGAAAGAUCUCUACACCAAAAACUAUACAGCACUGAUCAAAGAAACUGAAGAACUGAAGACAAAUAAAUGGAACAAUACCCUGUGUUCAUAGAUUGCAAAAAUUAAGAUUAUUAAAAUGUCCUUACUACCCAAAACAAACUAUAGAUUCCAUGCAAUUCCUAUUAAAAUACCAAUGACAUUCUUUGCAGAAAUAGAAAAUACAAUCCUAAAAUUUGUAUAGAACUACAAAAGACACCAAAUAGCCAAAGCAGUUUUGAGCAAGAAGAGUAAAGCUGUAGGCACCAGACUUCGUGAUUUCAAAAUAAGCUGCAAAGUUAUAGUAACCAAAACAGCCUAAAAACAGACAUAUAGACCAAUGGAACAAAAUAGACCCCAGAAGUAAAUCCAUGCAGUUAUAACCUACUGAUUUUCAACAAAGGCACCAAGAGUACACAAUGGAAAGGACAGUCUCUUAAAAAAAAAUUGUGUUGGGAAAACUGGAUAUUCACACAGAGAAGAAUGGAAUUAGACCCUUAUCUCCUAUUAUAUACAAAAGUCAACUCAACAUGUAUUAAUAACUUAUUUGCAAGAUCUGAAACAAUGAAUCUACUAGAAGAAAACAUGAGAGGAAACUCCAUGAUUUGGUCUGUGCAAGAACAUUUUGGAUGUUAUCACAAAACAAAGGCAACAACAGCAAAAAUAGAUGGAUAGAAUUACAUGGAACAAAAAGCUUCUGUACAAAUGAAACAACAGAGUGAAGAGAUAACUUACAGAAUGGAAGAAAAUAUUUGUAAACUGUAUAUCUGAUAAAGGGUUAAUAUCCAAAAUAUACAAGGAACUCAAAAGCAAAAAAAAAAGCAACCCUAUUAAAAAAUGGGCAAAAGACAUAGAAGACAUACAAGUUGCCAGUAAGUAUAUGAAAAAUGCUCAGCAUCAGUAAUCAUCAGGGAAAUGCAAAUCAAAACCACAAUGGGAUAUCAACUGACACUAGUUAGCAUGGCUGUUAUCAAAAAGACAAAAGAAAAAUGUUGGCAAAACCAUACAAAAGAAUGAAAUCAUGUUGUUUGCAGCAACAUGGAUGCAGCUGGAGGCUAUUAUCCUAAGUGCAUUAAUGCAGAAACAGAAAAACAAAUACUGCAUGUUCUCACUUAUAAGUGGGAGCUAAACAUUAAGUCCAUACAGACAAAAAGAUGGGAACAGUAAACGCUGGGGAUUCCACAAAUGGGGAGGAAGGGAAGGGAAGACAGGCUGAAAAACUACCUGUCAGGUAUUAUGUUCACUACUUGGGCAACAGGAUUAUUAGGCACCCAAACCUCAGCAACAUACAAUGUACCCAUGUAAGAAACCUGCACGUGUCUGCACAUGCACCCCUGAAUUUAAAAAGAAAUGUUGGCCAGAAUAUAGAGAAAAGAGAAUACUUACGCACUGUUGGUGGGAAUGUAAACCAGGAGACAACUGCUAUGGAGUACAGUAUGGAGGUUCUUUGAAACAGUACAAGUAGAACUACACUGUGAUCCAGGAACCCCACUGCUGGGAAUCUACUCAAAGGAAAGGAAAUAAUUAUAUAGAAGAGAUAUCUGCAUCCCCAUGUUUAUUUCAGCAUUAUUCACAAUAGCCAAGGCAUGGAAUCAACCUAGUUGUCCAUCAAUGGAUGAAUGGAUAAAGAAAAUAUGGUAUAUGUACACAAUGGAAUAUUAGUUAGUUAUACAGAAGAGUAAAGUUCUGUCAUUUGUGGCAGCAUGGAUGAGCCUGGAAAACAUGUGAAGUGAAAUAAGGCAGGCACAGAAAUAUACAUAUGCAUCACCUCACUCAUAUGUGCAAUCUAAAAGAGCUAACUUUUUUUUUGAGAUGGAGUCUUGCUCUGUCACCCAGGCUGGAGUGCAGUGCCACAAUCUUGACUCAUUGCAACCUCUGCCUCCUGGGUUCAAGCAAUUCUCCUGCCUCAGCCUCCAGAGUAGCUGGGACUACAGCUGUACACCACCACAGCCAGCUAAUUUUUGUGUUUUUAGUAGAGACGAGGUUUUACCAUGUUAGUCAGGUUGGUCUUGAACUCCUGACCUUGUGAUCUGCCCACCUCAGCCUCCCAAAGUGCUGGGAUUACAGGCAUGAGCCACUGUGCCCGGCCUAAAAGAGCUAAUUUUAUAGAAGAACAGAGUCAAAUGAUGGUUACCAGAGGCUUGAGUGGUUAAGAGGAGGGAGGGGAUGGGUACCAUUACAGUUAGAAAGUUGAGACCAAGCAUGGUGGCUCACACCUGUAAUCCCAGCACCGUGAGAGGCAUGCUAAUUGCUUGAGUCCAGGAAUUUGAGACCAGCCUGCCCAACAUGGCAGAACCCCAUCUCUACGAAAAAUAUAAAAAUUAGUCAGGUGUGGUGGCGCAUGCCUGGAAUCCCAGCUACUCGGGAGGCUGAGGUGGGAGGAGCACUUGAACCUGAGAGGUGGAGGUUGUAGUGAGUGGAGAUUGCACCAGUGCACUCCAGCCUCGUCAACAGAGCGAGAUCCUGUCAAAAAAAAAAAAAACAGUCUAGAAUAUGCAAAUAGAAUAGUUAAAUACAUAGUGACAAACAGUAGAUAAGUGAUUGUCUGGACCAAGGGUUGGGAAGGAGAGAAAUUGAAAAUAACUGCUAGUGGUUAUGGAGUUUCUUUCUUGGCUGAAGAAAAUGCUCUAAAAUGGAUUGUGGUGAUGGUUGUCCAACUCAGUGAAAUAUUAAAAACCAUUGGAUUAUACACUUUAAAUGGGUGAAUUGUAUGAUAUGUGAAUUGUAUCUCAAUAAAGAUGAUAUACAAUUAUCUGUUUUUUAAUUUAUUUUUUCAACUUUUAUUUUGAUACAGGGAGGUCAUGUGCAGAUUUGUUACAUGGAAACAUUGCAUGAUGCUGAGGUUCGGAGUAUGACUCCAGUCACCCUGGUAGUGAGCAUAGUAUCCAAUGGGUAGUUUUGUGUUUUUUAAUUUUUUUUUUUUUUUGAGACGGAGUCUUGCUCUAUCGCCCAGGCUGGAGUGCAGUGGUGUGAUCUCGGCUCACUGCAACCUCUGCCUCCCAGGUUCAAGUGAUUCUUGUGCCUCAGCCUUUCAAGUAGCUGGGUUUACAGGUACACGCCACUAUGCCCAGCUAGUUUUUUUAUUUUUAGUAGAUAUGGGGUUUCACUGUGUUGGCUACAUUGGGUGGUCUCAAACUCCUGGGUUCAAGCAAUCCACCUAUCUCAGCCUCCCAAAGCGCUAGGAUUACAGACAUGAGCCACCGCACCUGGCUUCCAAUAGGUAGUUUUAAACUCACUCCUGCUUCCUCCACCCUCCAGUAGUCCACAGUCCCUGUUGGUUCCACGUGUACGUCCAUGUGUGCUCAAUGUUUAGCUCCCACUUCUUCCUUUUUUUUAAUGGAGUCUUGCUCUGUCGCCAGGCUGGAGUGCAGUGGCGUGAUCUUGGCUUACUACAACCUCUACAUCCUGGGUUCAAGCAAUUCUCCUGUCUCAACCUCCCUAGUAGCUCGGACUAUAGGCACAUGCCACCACACCCAGCUAAUUUUUGUAAUUUUUUUUUGAGACGGAGUUUUGCUCUUGUUACCCAGGCUGGAGUGCAAUGGCGUGAUCUCGGCUCACCGCAACUUCCGCCUCCUGGGUUCAGGCAAUUCUCCUGCCUCAGCCUCCCGAGUAGCUGGGAUUACAGGCACACACCACCAUGCCCAGCUAAUUUUUUGUAUUUUUA